GAUCAUCAGCCCAUGAGGAGUCGCUGUAUCCCUCUAGGUGAGGAGGGGUCGUGCCACCGAGAGUGAGGACGUAGUCCUUGGUGGCUUGGAGGUAGCGAAGGACGCGCUUAGCAGCCGACCAGUGGCGAUUGGUGUAUCGACCGGCAGCAACGUAACGCGAGAGCACACUGAUGGGACUGGUCGAUUCAGCUUCCAGACCGUGCCGGGUGGAAAGGGUAAGGGAAAUCCUUGAGGACGUUCCAUGUAGAUGUCCUCGGGGAGAUCCCCUUGGAGAAAUGCAGCAGAGACGUCCAUGGAGUGAACGUCAAAGUUGCAUCGAGCAGCGAUGUCCAGCAGGGUCCGAAGUGUGGGCAGUUUGGCUGUCGGAGAGAAUGUGUCGAAGAAGUCCAGGCCCUUCUUCUGCGUGAAGCCUUUUGCACAAGAGGUAAAAAGGGCGACUCUCGUCAAAGGCGACAUCGCGGCUACGAAUGAGCUGAUUGGUGGAGAGAUUGAGGAAAAGGUAAUCGGGAGAGUCCAGGUUGUGGCCGAGGUAGACACAGGGUUGAGCUUUGGGUGCAAAUUUGCCGCCGUGGGUGCGACGUUCCUGAGGGUUGAGGAGGACAUAAGCUGUACACCCCCAUACGCGGAGAGGACGUGCACUGGGCUUGGUGCCGGUCCACAGUUCAGCGGGAGUGAUGGCAGGCCGAAGAGGGUGAGGGUGAAGGUUGUACAGCAGCGUGGCAUGAAGGAGGGCGUAACCCCAAAGGGAAGGUGGUGCACCAGCGUGAGUGAGAAGACAGCGAGCGAUUUGCACGAGAGUGCGAUUGCGACUUUCGGCAAUGCCAUUCUGCUGCGGACUGUGGGGAAGGGUGAAGGUCUGGCGAAUGCCUUGGGAGGCACAGAACGCUUGAAGGGAAUGGUUUCGAAAUUCGCCACCGCCAUCGGAAUGGAGGCACUUGACUGAAGUGCGGAAAUGAUUUUGGGCUUGUCGAAGCCAUGCGAUGACAACAUCUGGAACAGCUGCUUUGGAGGAGAGGAGGUGGACGGAGGCAUAGCGAGAGUGAUCGUCAACGAGCACUAGGAAGUAAGAGUGCCCGCCACGAGAGCGGACUGGAGCUGGGCCCCAGACGUCCAUGUGGACGAGGUCAAGCGGGGCGGCUGCAGCAGAGGGCGAGGAAGGGAGCACGAUGAUGUGGUGGAGGUAGAGUGUGCUUCUGUGGAAGAUGGAGGUACUUGGAGUGUGUAGAGGUUGUUGGCGGUCAGUGUGAAGCGUGCAAGUAGGGCAUUAGUGGUGGGCUGAAGGAGAUCACAGUGAUUGGAAUGAGCUGGGAAGAUAGUGGUUACCCCUGCUCGUUGAAUCUCAUGUUG